UAAUGAGCACUAAAAUAGUCCCGUUUCCAUCCCGGCAGCCCCUCUAUAGGAUGCAUGCACUCAUUCUCUUACAAGCAAGAGAACGGAGAAGGAGUGGGUGGAUUUUAGUGAACAGUGCUUGAAUGGUUAACUCCACCCCUCCUCCCCCACCUCCUUCCUGUUUGUGCUUCGCUGCCCAGUCUCAUACUAUGGCAUUUUACAUCAGAGCGUAGCUGCAGCCAAUCAGAAGCUCUGGGCUGCCCCCUCUGCUGCUUGACUCCACCCCUCCUUCUGGCCACAUAUAUAGCAGCGCUCUUUCUGUCUGCUCAAGUGUUCAACGUGCUGCUGUGGGCUCGAGAGACAGAGAACCGUGGCACUGACAAAACCCACAGACAUUGUGAGUGGAUCUCCAAAGUUCCUUUCCUAGAUUGCAUUUAGCAGCAUCCAGUAGCAAGAUGGGAUGUACCACGGGGCACUUCACUUGCCAACCGCAGACGGCAGCAGCGGCCCCAACCCAGGAAGGCCAGUCACAAGAAGGAGCUCCUAAAGUCCCAGAGGUGCUGUCGUCCCUAGAGAAGCUCUCACAAGCCACGGGAGGGAUGGAGAAGUCUUGGUACCGCUGCAUCUUCCCAUUUGGGAUCAUCUCCUUGGUGAUCGGAGUGGCUGGAACCGGGGUGACAUACACGUACAACGAUCUCCCACAGACCAAGGUGGUUUCCGUGGUCCUGCUGAUCAUGGGGCUGGUCCUGGUACUGAUGGCGACUGCUUGCUGGACGGUCCAUAAGAAGAAGCGCAGGAAAAAGAAGGAAGGAGGUUCCUUCAGCUCCGAACAGUGUCCCUUGUGACAGCGGCCAAAAAAAACAGUGGCGGAUAAUAGACCGAGAUCUCCGUCCACUCAGAUAUCCGUGGUGGACAAGUCGUGAAGGACAGGUCCUCUCUGAGAAUCCUGUGGAAAAACGACAUAGGCUGGCAUGAUGGUUCACCGGAGUUGCAGUUUACCGUCGCUCAGCAGGUGUCUGGUAUCAAAACAAGCCUGGAGAGGGACACACAUCCCUGCACGCACACACACAGGACACUUAACACAAGCCGCUAGCCUCUCGCGGAGCCUCUGCUGCCAUCAACGCCGCUGUUAGUCUCCUGCAUUCCUGUUAUGCUGAAGAAGUGGGCCAGCGGCGGCAACCGGACACCGCGAUGAAAGAGGAGUUCACCUCCGUCACCAUCGCACGUCAUUCUCCCGUCCGGUGACACCGUAGCAAUGUGCGAGCUUUUUUACGGAGUGGAACUUGAACCUGUGUCUGCAAGCUAGAACUGGCAGCUGCGGAUCAGGAUAGGAAGAAAGCACAGACUGGAGAGGUCGAGAAUGUGUUCGUCUGCAUGUGUGUGUGUGAGGAAUAUGUGUGCUGGAUGGACUUAAGAGACAAGACACCUGCUCAGCCUCUUUCUCCAUCAGCCCUCCGUCAAUCGUAGUCACUAAUGAUUUAGGACGGGUGCAGCACCCGAUAUCAAGGACGCAAAGACCCAAGCUUGAUUUAUUGGGAAUUUUACACAGAGUACAGUGUGUUAAAGGAGUUCUGGAUCGGAUUGUGUGUGUGUGUGAUUCUAUCUGGCAAAUCCAGAACUCUUCAAAGACCUCAUAUAGUUGGUAUUCGGAAAAACAACAGAGGAAUUUUAUAACGGACACGGUUCUGAGAAAGGCAAGCAAACCGAGUGGUCUUUUGUUCUGAGACAGCCUGCAAAGAAAAUUCAUUUCCUGUCUGACAGAUGAGCAGGAUUACUUGGGGGGGGGGGGUGUACAAGGGUAGACGAGAAGUCAAAAGUGUCAGUAGAGUUUUGUUCUUGUUCCAGUGCCUUGAGCAAGCGAUAGGACUUAGCAUGGUACAGUAGCUCUGUUUUCCCCCUCCAUCUCUCUUUUCCUCUUCCAGUGCCAGCUUUAAAACUCAAACUCAGCUAUUUUAGCACAGUCUCCUCGCCCCCAAAAACAACACACAUAAAUAUCUCAUCACUUUGACCUGGUCAGAGCCCACAAAGGCUGGAGCUUACAUCCGUUUUCACAAUGGGAAUACUGCUUCUUUACACUGCCUUGAUCUGGGAAGCAUUUGGCACGUUUUAUUAUGGAUACAGUGGGUGGGUAACGGAUAAUGAAUUAAAGGGACAGUUCACCUAAAAAUAUAAACUCUGUCAUCCUGGUGUUGUUCCAAAUGUGAAUGACUUGCUUUAUUAUGGUUAAGACAAUAUAAUGUAUUUUCAAACUCAGUGGGGUCCAAAAGAACACUUUUGAUGAUCUGUGUAUGAACAAAAAAACACUGACAUUUUUCAAAAUAUCUUAUAUGUUCCACAGCAGAAAGGAAGUCGUACCAAUCUGAGGGUGAGGAAAUGAUGACAGAAAUUUCCUUUUUGGGAAAGUUUAGCCUUCAGAUGUCUCAUAAAUCCUGUUAACACUCAGACAACUCUGUGUGAAGAUUAAAAUUCGGAGACGGACAAAAAUCCAUACCAAUUCAGAGGUUAAUAGCCUUUUCCUUUCACAGAAAGCUUAUUGAUCAAGAUUUUUCGACCGUGUUGAGGAGUGGAUUUGAGAAUCCUUGUGCAUGAAAGAAAGCAAAAAGUGACAGUAUUAACAACCUUGAGUACUUCAAAAGGCUGUUUUUGAAGUAUUUAGCUCAUAGCAUAUGUGCUAAGCUCGCCUUACUGCAUUUGUUUGAGCCCUGAGAAAGAUUUUAUUGCUCUUUCAUAGCUCAGGAGAUUUAAUGAAUUUGAAAAAACAGACACAAAUGCAGACAACUGUUAUCAUACAACAAGAGUGUAGAGCUAUAAAACUAAUCUGGAUAUCUGAAGCCAUUUGCUCUUGGAAGAAAAAGAUUGUGUUCAUAUUGCAAUCUCUGACUUUUGAUUGCAAAUCUGAGCAUAUUACUGGUUCUUUUUCUUCAUUUGAGUUUCAUUCAAUCUCAUUGCUGUCUGGGAGAAACAUUUUGAGAAAUUAACAAGAUCUGUUUGUGAUUAAAUAGUUUGAGAUGAUGGUUUUAGUAAUUAAAAACAUGAUUUUGGAGUGAAUGUGGGUGCAUAACAUGCAACUCGGCAGUCCUGCGCUUGGAGCAUGUCCAGGUGGAAUUGAUUUCUAACAGUGACGUCUGACCACAUGGCUAUGGAUAAACACAGUGCCUUUUUGUCAAUUGAUGUACGUGCUGUAAAGCUUCCUGUGCCUACUUAAGCAUUUUUAAUUGCUUCACGCCAGAAUGUGGUUUUUGUCCCUUUAUAGAAACUGAUUGCCUUGUGUUUUUCCACAGUGUGCUACGAAAAGCGGCAAACGGAGGGCAGUUUCAGACUGCAUUUUAAACACUGUUCACAAUGCUCUUAACAAACAACGCAGACUAGAAUAAGGCUACCAUUAAAUCAGGGAUGAAGUUGAUGUUUGAGUGGGAAAAGGGACCAGAUGAGUUGAGAGAUCAGUCACCAACCCUAAUGGACCGUCUGAUUAUAUCAUGGGAAGCCAGUAAUCCAAGAUAGCCAUUUACAUAAGCAAAUCAAGAUCAGACGUUCAGAUCUGAGUCAUCAGGAAAACAUGGUGCUGCAUCCCCCAAGAUAAACUUAUUUAUUCUUUGAAAAGACGUAUUUAAAUCUUUCAUCUUUAUCCUUCAAAGUUUAAAUAUUUUGGUAAAAAAAAUACUUAAGCAAGUGCAGUGCAGUUUGUUUUGAUAUUCGAAAAGAUAGUCAAGGGUAUAAGUAAACAGUUAAACAUGUAAUGUUUAUUUUAUUUUAUUAUCCAGGUUUGUUGGCCUCCCUGUGCUAUUUUUUCCAUGCAUAUCUGGAAGUAGUUGCUCGCAUAAUUUCCUCCAGAUUUCAGAUUUUCUUUAGCCCUUUUUACGAGAGCUAGCUGGAAGGAGGGAGAGGGUGAACGCAUUUACAGAGUUGUGCAAAUUCAUUGAAAAGACGCGAGUGGAAUGUCACGGCUGCACAAUCGCAGGCAUACUGGAUCCAUAUAUGUUCUUGGCUUCAUUUAUUGUACAUGAAUCCACUGUCCAUGUGGUUUUCUUCUCUAAACUUGCUUGUUUAAUGUCAGACCUGGCAAAGGUGUCAUGGAUGAAUCACUGUUCUGCUGUUUAAUAUUUUGGAAUGAGAAAGAGUAAAUCUACCUCUCUAGUUCUAAGAGUGUGUUUUCGCCGUGCUUACAUUCUCCAGAAUGCUUUUUCUCUUUAAGCUGGAGGCAACAAAUGCCAAAAUCUGUAUUCUGUGUCAAACUAUGUGAUGUAAAUAGUAGUUAUUUAUAUUUUUACAUUUAUAUUCAUAUUAAAAAUACUUUUGAAAAGUUGUAUUAAAGAACUAUUAUGUGAAAA